AUGCCCUCAGCCCAGGAACAACUCAGCCCAGGGGAGCCUGGGCCCAGGCAGGGACCCUCCCAGCUCCACCCCAGCAGGCCAAGCACAGCUCUUCCUCCUCCUCCUCCUCCUCCUCCUCCUCCUCCUUCUCCCGAUCUUCCUCCUCCAGCCCCUCCUCCUCCUCCUCCUCCUCCUCCUCUUCUUCUCCCUCCUCCUCCUCCUCCUCCUCCUCCUCUUCUUCUCCCGCAUCCACCUGCUCCUCCUCCUCCUCUCCCUCCUCCUCCUCCUCCUCCUCUUCUUCUCCCUCCUCCUCCUCCUCCUCCUCUUCUUCUCCCUCCUCCUCCUCCUCCUCCUCUUCUUCUCCCUCCCUCCUCCUCCUCCUCAUUCUCUUCUCCCUCCCUCCUCCUCCUCCUCAUUCUCUUCUCCCUCCCUCCUCCUCCUCCUCUUCUUCUCCCUCCUCCUCCUCCUCCUCCUCUUCUUCUCCCUCCUCCUCCUCCUCCUCCUCUUCUUCUCCCUCCUCCUCCUCCUCCUCUUCUUCUCCCUCCUCCUCCUCCUCCUCCUCUUCUUCUCCCUCCUCCUCCUCCUCCUCCUCUUCUUCUCCCUCCUCCUCCUCCUCCUCCUCUUCUUCUACCUCAUCCACCUCCUCAUCAUCUUCUUCUACCACCUCCUCCUCCUCCUCCUCUUCUUCUCCCUCCUCCUCCUCCUCCUCCUCUUCUUCUCCCUCCUCCUCCUCCUCCUCCUCUUCUUCUCCCUCCUCCUCCUCCUCCUCCUCUUCUUCUCCCUCCUCCUCCUCCUCCUCCUCUUCUUCUCCCUCCUCCUCCUCCUCCUCUUCUUCUCCCUCCUCCUCCUCCUCCUCCUCUUCUUCUCCCUCCUCCUCCUCCUCCUCCUCUUCUUCUCCCUCCUCCUCCUCCUCCUCCUCUUCUUCUCCCUCCUCCUCCUCCUCCUCCUCUUCUUCUCCCUUCUCCUCUUCUUCUCCCCCCUCCUCCUCCUUCUCCUCUUCUUCUCCCUCCUCCUCCUCCUCCUCCUCUUCUUCUCCCUCCUCCUCCUCCUCCUCCUCCUCUUCUUCUCCCUCCUCCUCCUCCUCCUCCUCUUCUUCUCCCUCCUCCUCCUCCUCCUCCUCUUCUUCUCCCUCCUCCUCCUCCUCCUCCUCCUCUUCUUCUCCCCCCUCCUCCUCCUCCUCCUCCUUCUCCUCUUCCUUCUCCUCCUCUUCUCCCUUCUCCUCCUCCUCCUCCUCUUCUUCUCCCUCCUCCUCCUCCUCCUCCUCCUCUUCUUCUCCCUCCUCCUCCUCCUCCUCCUCUUCUUCUUCCUCCUCCUCCUCCUCCUCCUUCUCCUCCUCCUCCUCCUCCUCCUCUUCUUCUCCCUCCUCCUCCUCCUCCUCCUCUUCUUCUCCCUCCUCCUCCUCCUCCUCCUCCUCCUCUUCUUCUCCCUCCUCCUCCUCCUCCUCCUCUUCUUCUCCCUCCUCCUCCUCCUCCUCCUCUUCUUCUCCCUCCUCCUCCUCCUCCUCCUCUUCUUCUCCCUCCU